UGUAAGGGUCACCGAUUAUUAACCUUGGGGCUACGUUAUAUAUAGCAUCAAGUGACCUUAAUGUAGAGGUGACAGUUUCCCAGUAUAUGACAUGCCCAUAAUCUAAAACAGAUUAAUAAAACUGAGUCAAGAAUUCUUUUUUCUGUAUAUAAAAGGGAAAUAAUUCUUAUUUCUGUAUAAAAGGCCAAUUAUAGUUCUCAAUGUAUAAGUAAGUCAAUAUGAUGCUUAGAGUUGAAGGUGAAGUAGUCAAUGAAAGCAUAUAUUCUUUAGAGGGCGGUACACAGAGGGUGCCAGCAGUGACUACAUGUCCCAGUGUGCAUUGCGCGCGAUAUUCCGAAUAGAAUUACAAAUAGAAUAUAGUUUUCACAGAUGUGGAAAAUUGGUUUCAGCCAGCAUCGUGGUUUUACCUUAAAUGUUUAACGUGCUUUCACAACAAUGAAAGAUGCAAGAAGCAAAGAAUCGGUCGCAUAGCAUCCUAAAUGUCGCCUUUGCGGCUGAAUCGGAAGCUAACUUCAGCGUUGUGCUGCACCCACCAACCGCAUCACCGCGCAGAAGGAAGUUUGGCUCGUGCUCCUGACAGUGCGGGAUGUAAACAUUAAUGGCGUCCUCCUCGGCCGAGCUGUAAAUGUUAGCUGGCUCGGGUAAGCUAGCUUUUGCUUUUUUGACAUUGUUGACAACCGAUCGACAGUAAAACAUGGGUCGUCGCUGUUCAUUUCCCAACUGCAACAAUAAACAGAAAACUUGGUCUGCGGUCAGUUUUCACAAGCUCCCGUUAGACGAGCCGAAACGCUACAAGUUAUGGCUACGUGCUCUAGAAAUCAACCCAGACACUCCGAAGAAGACCCUCCGGCGUCGCUGUAUAUUGGUAUGCAGCGACCAUUUUUCACCCGAUGACUUGAUCCACCACAAAGGUUGCACCCAUCCGAAGCCUACAGCCGUCCCAAACCCUGUUUGUCCCGCGGACCAGACCGCUGCUGGAAGCGCUAACGUGUCUGCAUUAGCGCUGCAUGACACCUUGGCAGCAAUGGACAGACCCCCGGACCAAGUCAGAAGCACAGAUGCAUCAGCGGAGAUAUGCACUGCAACUGUGGAGAAACCAGCUCUGCAGCACAUUGUUGAUGAAGAGGCCAUCCUGCAGCUGAUGAAGAACUGCCCAAUGUGCGACAGAAAGUGCCGCUGUACCAAAUACACUCGUGGUCCUUACUUCAUAGUCUACCAGAGCUGUUACUUUUGCAGCUAUCAACGCAAAUGGGCCAGUCAGCCGGAAGCUAGAAAUAUAAACAUUCAUAAGGCAACGCCCAAGAAGAAACCUCGGCCGAAGGACAAAGCGUCUGGAAAUGCCAAGGCUCCAGCUUCAAAGCCUAGUAAAACAAGUGUUUCUGAAUCCUCGGCCCCAGAGUCAAAGGAACCAUCAGAGACAUGAGGAGCCUAAUGUCAAUGCCGUCUUAGAUAUGAUUGACUUUCAUGAGUCUGAAAUUGGCCACGAACACAGUUUCAGAUGUGCCUUAAGAUGGACCGUUUAUAUGCAGUUGUAGAUGAUGAUAAACAAUCCUGUACAGUUUUCUGUGGAGUUGAAGUGCCAGUCCGAAGUAAUAACAUUUAAUUUGUCAAUAAGGAACUCUAUUAGAAUAAAGCUG